UGCCAGCGGAAUCCUACUAGAAGAAGAAUGUAGACAGUAACCUAAUAUUUUAUCUCAAAUCUCAAGUUUUCUUAGUAGAGUUUAAUUUUAGGAAAUUAGGGUUUAUUAUUUAUUCGAGAUAUGAACAUAAUUAGGAGUAUAGCGAAAAGAAUAUCUCUCCAUCCAACAAAUGCAUCCUGGGCUUCGACAAAUUCUAUAUUUCAAGAGGCCAGAAGAUUCAUUGCAAGUUCUGAACCUUCUUCAAUACUAUGUAAUAGAUUUUCUGCAUUAACAGUCCAAGAAAGAUCAAUGGCUACCUUAAAUCAGAUGCACCGCAAGGGUCCUCAUUACAAAGAGAGGGUAAAGAAGAGGCCUCUGGAUGGCAACCCGUUCAUGAAGGGUGUAGUGUUAAGGACGGUAAUAAAAAAACCAAAGAAACCUAAUUCAGCUAAUAGAAAAUGCGUCCUGGUACGACUAUCCAACGGCAAGGAAAUGGUUUCCUACAUUCCUGGAAUUGGGCACAAUUUGCAGGAGCACAAUAUAGUUUUGUGCAAAGUGGGAAGGGUUCGGGAUUGUCCCGGUGUAAAACUGAAAUGCGUCAGAGGAAAGUACGAUUUGGGACACGUCAUUAAGCAACAGCAGAAAUAGAUUUGUUUUUUUUAUUGUUAGAUAUUUGUAAUAUAUAUGGAUGAUUAAGUCACCUGAA